AUGAACACAGAAAAAGAUUCAGAUGAGACCACUUCUGCUAAAAAGAGAAAAAUUAUGCCUUUUGUAUUUGGGUCUCAGAGUUCUCAGUCUGAAGGAAACUCGCACUAUGUGCAGACCAUGAUUAAAAGUCAAGACUCGAUGUCAGGACAUAUUGGGCGCCUUGGAAUGCAUCCGUUCGGCAAUAAAACAACCACUUCCAGCCCAAAUGUGAAGAAAUAUGGUAUUGGUGCCAAACUACUUUCACAAAUGGGAUACAUUGAAGGACAAGGUCUGGGCGCUAAUGGUUCUGGCAUUACGGAACCAAUUCAAACGCAACGGAGGCCCCAAAACAUUGGACUGGGAAUGCUGAGCGGAAUUUCACAUGAUCCUUAUGAAAGCUCUGAUGAUGAACUCGAUAGUACUUCAAAGGCAGUGGCUUUCAAAUCUGGGGAAACACUCAGCGCUAAGCACAACGUACUCGAAAAGCUGUCUGAAUUGAGGAAUCUUGGACUAUUCGAUAUUUCAGCUGAGCUAGAAAGUAAGCUUAAAACUGAAAAUGGUUUCUUAAAUUCUAGUAUGCAAGUUGAACGCUUCGUGAAUGGAUUGUCUGAGGUGUGUGGGAAAAUAAAACAGCUACAGUUGAGAACCCCAACUAUUGAGGAAGAUAUUAAAAGCUUAGAGCAACAGGAAUCUCAGCUUAACAAUAUCAUACUCACGACAAGAAGUGAUCUUUGUUUAGCUGAUAAGGUUGGGGUUAUAAUGCAAUUGGAUGAUAUCGAUCUAGUGGAUAGAAUAAUCGCGUCUUUACUGUCCGUUGAAAUAAGUAAAAUCUCUUUCUGGGAUCCGUUGGAUGCCGAAAAUGUUAUUUUGAAAAUGCUCACUCCGAUUGUUGAUCUUCUAGCCUAUCGCAUGGAUUCAUCCGUUGACCAGUUGAAUAAAACACAAUCGGUUAUCUUCAAAACUGUUUCUGUCUUGUCGCGGUACUGGGAAUCCUUUGAAGUCGCUAAAAAAAAUAUUGAUAUCGUACUCACUUUAUUGCUAGAUUAUGAACCUAUUCUUUCGUUUGUUAAUAUGAAAGACUUCGUCCUAGAAUCAUAUGUCAUCAAAAAGCUCAUGAAAGCCAUUGACGAUUGGAGGGUUUGUGUUGAUGAAAACGUAGCCCCGAGGCACUGGCUUUUAGAUUUCGAAAUCAUUUUAAGUGAUAGCAUGAUGAGUACUCUCCGAGAUGCGGUGGAAAGAAGGUUCACCGACUAUUGUUCAAAUUGGUAUCAUCGACAGAGUCCCAUUCUUGAUUGUGAUUUUCGUUUUAUUAGAGAAGUUCUCGGAGAAGAUCUGUUCUUUACAAUUGCAAACGAUUAUUUUCUUCCGGCCUUUAUCGACCAGUUAUGGUCAAGGUAUUUCGAUCCUAUUCUGGAAUUGGAAGAACCAAAUACAACAGAUGGAUCUUUUUAUUUCAUGGGAAAAUUUUCUGAGUGUAAAUCGCUCUUUCCAGAGCAUAUCUUCAGAAUAAUUAUCAAGGGUAUAUUUAAUGAGAUUAAUAAGAUAUUGUAUCAAUGGUUCCUGUACUCGCCAAAAAAUUUCAAUCCAGAAGCUCUUUGGUGGUUCGAUUGGUUUAUCAACAAAAUAUUCUAUUCACCUAGUCCACUGGAAGUCAUCGAAAUAAAGAAAUCCCGCGAGUUUAUUUUGAGCCCAUCUUUAGCGCCACUACAUGAUGAAAGCUUUUCUUUGACGGAUGCCAUUGGCAUUAAUCAAGCGGAUCAACGAUCUUUCACAAUACACAAUAUUCCGUUAAGAAAUAUCUCGUCAACUUUCAAGGAUGUGGUCCAGGACUACUGUGACGAUCAUAAUAUACUGUUUCGUAAACUGGAUAACAAAUUCACAAAGCUGCCGGUUCAUGGCGGUACCGCAGGUGCGCGAGAGACUGCUUCGCCAAUAUUUGAAGUUAGGUCUGGCAAUGUUGUGCGAGAAGUUGCCAUCAAGGACGAUAUAUUAUGGCUUAAAGAAGCUGAAUCAUUCAAACCAAUCUAUUUGUGGCAAUUGAAAAAUUGUCUCUUUUAG